CCAGGGUCCACGCGAGGCGCUACCGAGGGAGGAAACAGGGAAGCGAAGGCGGCGGCGCGGGCGACGAGCGGAGACGACGACUGCCGGCUGCCGCCUUCUCUCCGGCCGAAGUAACCAUAGGUGGUGGGAGGAUGGAGGUGAAGCUCAAGGACCUUGUCCCGGCAGCGACCAACACAGUGAACACGACGUUCAUCGUGGUCGACAAGGUGCCCCGCCCGGCCCACGCAAACGCACACGGCAGGGAGGAGACAUGCCCGUCACUAGUUGCUGACGAGACGGCGGCGGUGCAUUUCCUUCUGUGGGGCACCGAGUGCGAUGCCUUCGAGCCUGGGGACAUCGUGCGGCUCACGAGUGGCAUCUUCUCGUACCAUAGGGGCAACAACCUGUUCUUGCGCGCCGGCAAGCGAGGACGAGUGGAGAAGGUGGGCGAGUUCACCAUGAUGUUCGUCGAGACGCCCAACAUGAGCGAGGUGAGGUGGGGGCCCGAUCCAGGCGACCCAAGGAAGAUGGUGCAGGAGGCUGUCGUGUCGCCCUACUCCCAAGUCUUCAAGCCGCUGCACUGAUGCCUAUCAUUUCAGGCUUCCAGCUCAUUGUUGCUCCAAGUCUCAUCAAAUCUUAUGCAAUACUAACCGUGGUAGUAAAUUAUGCAAUACUAACCACUUGCUGAGUUUUGUAUGCUUUCUCCUUAAAAUAUCACUGGGCCAUCGUUCUAAUGCCUUGAGAUGUUUCUCAUGUAAAUGGAGCUCAUAGAAGAUUUAGCAAGCCAAAAGUAUAUCCCAAGCUGUGUUGAUGUGAACAACAGUGUAACUUUUUCCCUGAAAUGUUCAAAAUACAAC